AUGUCAAGAGCUGAGGUUUUAAUGCUACAGUAUGAGGGUCAGAUUGUCCCCAAGUCCUUUGAAUGGGAAUUCGUGGUCCUUAGUUACUUCGUAUCUUGGAUUGGAGCAAUUUUGACUCUCGAAUUACUCAACCGACGAACUCUCCGCAAUGGCUUUUUCAACUAUGUCAUCCUUAUUGGUGCGGCGGUAGCGAUGGGUGCUAUAUCGAUUUACUGUAUGCAUUUCGUUGGAGAGCGAGCACUGACCUUAGGCCAAGAUGAGCCUGAGCUUCGCAUCGAUUACUCUAGUACCUUCUCUAUACUCGCCUUUUUAUUGCCAGUAAUGGUACUCUGUGCAGCUUUCCUGACUACUGGAGCGAACAAGAUAGUCUCGUGGUGGCGGAUCUGUUGCGGAGGAGUUCUUGCUGGCCUAUCCAUCUGCGGCAUGCAUUAUUUGGGCAAUGCAUCCAUAUACAACUAUCAAUGCGAAUAUAGCAAAGUACACAUUGUGGGAGCGGCCUUGACUGCUACAUUUGACAGCAUCACAACUCUGUCUUUGUUAUUUGUUUUUAGGGCAUCUUGGAGGAAGUCGUGGUGGAAAAGAGCAUUAGUUGCAUUCCUGCUAGCUGGCGGCAUAUCGGCAAUGCAUUGGAUCGCGGCCUUGGGGACUGACUACCGUCUACUCUUUUUGAAUGAGCGCACCCGGCUUACCCAAGCCCAGGCUUUGAUAAUUGUCAGCUGCCUAGCAUUCAUCGCGACCCUAUUCUUGCUGGUAUCUGCACUUUAUGCGAGCUGGGUUGUAAGACGUCAAGCGAGAAAGGCUCGGCAAGUCGUAUUAGCAGCCGCAGUCUUUGAUCAUUCCGGAAGAGUCUUGGUGGAUGUGAAUGGGCUCAUUCCCAGCGAGAAAAUCACAGACACCUACGUGGAAAGAAACCAGGGCGACACAUUCAAUACCACACAUCCGUUUUUCCAUUGGAUGUUUCGGAUUUCUCGGAACUGGAGCAGCGUAAACGCUAUGAUUUCAGGCAUGACCGCUCACCUGGAACGCCUGCGCAAGAGUACACGCGAUAACAAGAUCCGGCUUAUUGACGAUGACGGACAACUUAUUGAUGAUCACGAUGUCGUUUUUCGCGAGCUGUUCUGUGUCGCGGCCGUCGGUUUGGCGGUCAAGUUGGAAGAGCAGCUGGUUAAUAUGGGAAUUUUAUGGGAAGAAAUAUUGACUACCGGAGUCGACAGAUCGCCUCGGGGACUCAAUCAAUGCUGUAAUAAAAGGCCAGGGGAAGGCUGGUACGAUGCACUAAGCAACUGGCGGGGAAAUCGGACUAGGAAACAAGAACAUAGACGCGGCUCGCUCAUGUUCUUGGUUCGCCGUGUCGAAAGCUCUUCGGAUGUGAAGAAACUCGAGGCUGCCGGUUUUCGAUUCGCAGAUACUCAUCAGGUAUGUGAGAUAAUAACGACAUACCUGCAAAUUAAGACCCAGGACCUUAAUGGCAAGUUGAAAGAUAUGGCGACUUUUGCUGAAGAGAAGACACUGAUGGAGCCUGGUGUUCAUCUCGGCUUUUUUGGCGUCAAGGCUCGCACUGGGAGUUUUGAGUACGAUGUUGUAGUCAGGAAAGGGGCUCGAAAUCUGCUCCCCACUAUACCCUUACCACUCGAGCGUGUUGAAUCGUGGCAGAUGGAGAUUAUUCGCCAAUUUGACCGAAUGAGUGUUGCCCUUCUCUUCCAGAGUCUUGCUGGGAUGGUUAAGCUCACUCCCCGUGAGGUGCUUUUCGCUUCUCAGCUGUGCGAUGCGCUUCAAUCUCUUCGUGCUUGGAUAGACGAUCCCAUCUUCGAUGAAGCCGUGCUGGCAUCAAAAGUGGUCCAAGUACCUUGUCGUGCUUAUGCUGGGUCAAACUCGGCGAGAUCCUGCACAGUGAUAGCCCUGUGCUUGUUGAUACCAAAUCAUGCUAGUCCUUGCAGCCCUGGAUGCGAAUUUCUACCCUUGAGCUUCUUCAAAGUUCAUCAGAUGGUAUACAGAGAUUCGCCCCAAAUAGUCGCUUUCGCACGAUACGUGCAUCGAGAACUAUCACCAAUCGUAAGUGCGGUGCCGAUCAACCCGCCGGACGAGUUAUAUCAACAAAUAGGGAGAGCCAUGCUCCGUUUAAGCUCAUUGCGCCGUCUCGGAAAAUCAAACCGUAACAGCUAUGCUGUCGUCGAAGAAGGUUAUUCAAGCUCAGCCAAAUUUGUGCAAAAAUCAUCUAGGCGUGACUCCAGCCAUUCCGAAUCUACUAUAGUACCCCAGCAGCAGAAUCUCCGGGAGACUUAUGAUGAUGUGAUGUCUCGAGGGGCCGCGGGAUACCAGCCGCUAGCUUUAGGUGGUAUCAUGAUAUCGCAAGAAAUUCAGGUCGACGUACAACAGCUUGACGAUGCCAAUGGAGGGCCAACGAUUCCAUCGAAGACUGUAGCGAAAAUGGACCGGGUAACAAUAGUUGACUCUGGAACCGUUUUUGGGUUUGAAAUGGAAUGUUUACCUGGUGCGGAAGGAGACUUUGGUAUUGGGAAACCUCUUGGGUCAGCGGUGGCUGAACGUGGAAAGGUAAACGAAGAUGUUACCUUUGUGGACGAGUUAUUCGCUGUUUGCCUUGCCACCGUCGCCGCGGUCGGUGGUGGUGCCAUUCUAUACACCUAUCGACCCCGAAACAUCCCCGGCUUUGAGGGCGCUGCCGUCCCUCCACCCAUCUAUGGCGCUGAUGGCACUUUCAAGCUUCCUCGCUUUCCUAAAGUAAAAUCACGUGAAGAACAAAUUGCCGACUUAAAAAAAAGCAACGCACAAGAUGAGGAGUACGAUAUGCUUGUUAUUGGCGGCGGAGCUACCGGGGCUGGUGUUGCGUUGGAUGCCGUCACUAGAGGUCUGAAAGUAGCCGUCGUUGAACGAGACGACUUUAGCAGUGGCACCAGCAGCAAAAGUACCAAGCUCGUACACGGCGGAGUGAGAUACUUGGAGAAAGCUCUAGUGAAGGAAGCUCUCAAGGAGCGCAAGUAUUUCUUGCAAACUGCUCCUCACCUGAGCUCAUGGCUGCCCAUUAUGCUGCCGCUUGAUAAGUGGUGGAAGGCGCCGUAUUAUUGGGCUGGUACCAAGUUCUACGAUUUUCUUGCCGGUAGUGAAGGUAUUGAGAGUUCUUACUUUUUGACUAGGAGUAAGGCCCUCGAUGCGUUCCCUAUGCUCAAGCAGACAGACCUUGUUGGCGCAUUGGUCUACUACGAUGGUGCUCAUAACGACUCGAGAAUGAACGUUUCCAUUGCCAUGACUGCUGCGGUAACUGGUCUGAUGAAGAACGAAAAUGGUAAGCUUUGCGGUGCUUCGGUGAAGGACGUAAUCGCCGAGCGCAACGGUAAGAAGAUGGAACCAAUUACGGUCAAGGCUAAAUGUAUUGUCAACUGUACUGGCCCCUUUACCGAUUCGAUACGAAAGCUCGAUGACCAAAACUGCCAAGAGAUUGUUGCGCCUGCUUCCGGUGUUCAUGUUAUUCUGCCAGGCUACUAUAGCCCUUCGAACAUGGGUUUGAUCGACCCGUCUACGUCAGACGGUCGAGUCAUCUUCUUCCUACCAUGGCAAGGAAACACAAUUGCAGGCACAACUGAUGAGCCAACAACCAUUUCCGCUAACCCACUACCGGACGAGAAGUCGAUACAAUGGAUCCUGAACGAGGUUAGCCACUAUCUGUCCCCCGACAUUACUGUCCGUCGUGGUGAUGUACUUGCUGCUUGGUCUGGCAUUCGCCCUCUUGUCAAAGACCCUAAGGCUCAGAACACGCAAUCUCUCGUACGCAACCAUCUCGUCGAUAUCUCUAGCUCCGGGCUUGUGACUUGCGCAGGUGGAAAGUGGACGACGUACCGACAAAUGGCAGAGGAUUGCGUGGACGCGGCAAUUAAGGAAUUCAGCCUCCCCACCAAGCCUUUCGGCAACGCUCCACGUGUCAGCGGAACUGAAGUUGUGGAUGAUGGAGCUAUUCUAAAUGGAACCUGCCAGACCCAUAACGUCCGCCUGAUCGGUGCCCAUGGCUUCAGCAAGACGCUGUUCAUCAACUUGAUCCAGCACUUCGGCAUUGAGACCGAGGUUGCCAAGCACUUGACAGAAAGCUAUGGAGACAGAGCGUGGACCGUCGCCGCCAUGUGUAAGCCAACAGACCAGCGAUUCCCUGCCAGAGGAGAGCGCAUUUCGCGCUUGUACCCUUUCGUGGAUGGUGAAAUUCGAUACGCCAUCACCAACGAAUAUGCACAGACGCCCGUCGAUAUCCUAGCACGAAGGACCCGAUUAGCUUUCCUCAAUGCCCAGGCCGCUCUCGAGUGCCUGCCCAGGAUUAUUGACAUCAUGAGCCAAGAGCUGAAGUGGGACCGGGCCCGGCAGGAUCAGGAAUGGAAAGACACCGUGGCGUUCUUGCAGUCAAUGGGCUUGCCGGAGCCCAUGUUGACCGCUACUCGAGCACAGGUCGAGAAGGGUAAGCUCGACUUUAGCAACUCCCUAGAGUACAACAUGUACUCCCGACACGACAAGCCUCCAGUUGCGGAGGAAUAG